GCGGGGUCUUCCCGGAUCCCGGCCGCGCCCGCGCGCCGGUGCUGAGGAGCGCGCGGGGUCGCGCCGUGACGUGAGCGAGGCGCCAGAUGGAUGAAUGCUGCAAGAAGACUUCAGGACCAUGAUGGCUCAGUUUCCCGCAGCCAUGAAUGGAGGGCCAAAUAUGUGGGCUAUUACAUCUGAAGAACGUACUAAGCAUGAUAAACAGUUUGAUAACCUCAAGCCUUCAGGAGGUUACAUAACAGGUGAUCAAGCCCGUACGUUCUUCCUACAGUCAGGUCUGCCGGCCACGGUUUUAGCUGAAAUAUGGGCCUUAUCAGAUCUGAACAAGGAUGGGAAGAUGGACCAGCAAGAGUUCUCUAUAGCUAUGAAACUCAUCAAAUUAAAGCUGCAGGGCCAACAGCUGCCUGUAGUUCUCCCUCCUAUCAUGAAACAACCCCCUAUGUUCUCUCCACUAAUCUCUGCUCGUUUUGGGAUGGGAAGCAUGCCCAAUCUGUCCAUUCAUCAGCCUUUGCCUCCAGUUGCACCUAUAACAACACCCUUGUCUUCUGCUACUUCAGGGACCAGUAUUCCUCCCCUAAUGAUGCCUGCUCCCCUAGUGCCUUCUGUUAGUACAUCCUCAUUACCAAAUGGAACUGCCAGUCUCAUUCAGCCGUUAUCCAUUCCUUACUCUUCUUCAACAUUGCCUCAUGCAUCAUCUUACAGUCUGAUGAUGGGAGGAUUUGGUGGUGCUAGUAUCCAGAAGGCCCAGUCUCUGAUUGAUUUAGGAUCUAGUAGCUCAACUUCCUCAACUGCUUCCCUCUCAGGGAACUCUCCUAAGACAGGGACCUCAGAGUGGGCAGUUCCUCAGCCUUCAAGAUUAAAGUACCGGCAAAAAUUUAAUAGUCUAGACAAAAGCAUGAGUGGAUACCUCUCAGGUUUUCAAGCUAGAAAUGCCCUUCUUCAAUCAAAUCUUUCUCAGACUCAGCUAGCCACUAUUUGGACUCUGGCUGACAUUGAUGGCGAUGGACAGUUGAAAGCUGAAGAGUUUAUUCUGGCAAUGCACCUCACUGACAUGGCCAAAGCUGGACAGCCACUGCCGCUGACCCUGCCUCCUGAGCUCGUCCCUCCGUCUUUCAGAGCGGGAAAGCAAAUUGAUUCUGUUAAUGGAACGCUACCUUCCUAUCAGAAAGCACAAGAAGAGGAGCCUCAGAAGAAAUUGCCAGUUACUUUUGAGGACAAACGGAAAGCCAACUAUGAACGUGGAAACAUGGAGCUGGAGAAGAGACGCCAAGUGUUGAUGGAGCAGCAGCAGAGGGAGGCUGAGCGCAAAGCCCAGAAGGAGAAGGAGGAGUGGGAGCGGAAGCAGAGAGAACUACAGGAGCAAGAGUGGAAGAAGCAGCUGGAGUUGGAGAAACGCUUGGAGAAACAGAGAGAACUGGAGAGACAGCGGGAGGAAGAGAGGAGAAAGGAGAUCGAAAGACGAGAGGCAGCAAAACAGGAGCUUGAAAGACAACGCCGUUUAGAAUGGGAAAGAAUCCGUCGACAGGAGCUUCUCAAUCAAAAGAACAGAGAACAAGAAGAAAUUGUCAGGCUGAACUCUAAAAAGAAAAGUCUCCACCUUGAACUGGAAGCAGUGAAUGGAAAACAUCAGCAGCUCUCAGGCAGACUACAAGAUGUCCGAAUCAGAAAGCAAACACAAAAGACUGAGCUAGAAGUUUUGGAUAAACAGUGUGAUCUGGAAAUUAUGGAAAUCAAACAGCUUCAACAAGAACUUCAGGAAUAUCAAAAUAAGCUUAUCUAUCUGGUACCUGAGAAGCAACUAUUAAAUGAAAGAAUUAAAAACAUGCAGCUCAGUAACACACCUGAUUCAGGGAUCAAUUUACUUCAUAAAAAGUCAUUAGAAAAGGAAGAAUUAUGCCAAAGACUUAAAGAACAAUUAGAUGCUCUUGAAAAAGAAACUGCAUCUAAGCUCUCAGAAAUGGAUUCAUUUAACAAUCAACUGAAGGAACUCAGAGAAAGCUAUAAUACACAGCAGUUAGCCCUUGAACAACUUCAUAAAAUCAAACGUGACAAAUUGAAGGAAAUUGAAAGAAAAAGAUUAGAGCAAAUUCAAAAAAAGAAACUAGAAGAUGAAGCUGCCAGGAAAGCAAAGCAAGGAAAAGAAAACUUGUGGAGAGAAAGUAUUAGAAAGGAAGAAGAGGAAAAACAAAAAAGACUCCAGGAAGAAAAAUCACAGGUCAAAACUCGAGAAGAGGAACGAAAAGCUGAAGCAAAACAAAGUGAGACAGCUAGUGCUUUGGUGAAUUAUAGAGCAUUGUAUCCCUUUGAAGCAAGAAACCAUGAUGAGAUGAGUUUUAAUUCUGGGGAUAUAAUUCAGGUUGAUGAAAAAACUGUAGGAGAGCCUGGUUGGCUUUAUGGUAGUUUUCAGGGAAAGUUUGGCUGGUUCCCAUGCAACUAUGUAGAAAAAAUGCUCCCAAGUGAAAAAGCUCCGUCUCCUAAGAAGGCCUUACUUCCUCCUACAGUGUCUCUCUCUGCUACCUCAACUUCUUCCCAACCACUUUGUUCAAACCAACCAGCACCAGUGACUGAUUAUCAAAAUGUCUCCCUCUCGAACCUUACUGUUAACACAACAUGGCAGCAGAAGUCAGCUUUUACCCGCACUGUGUCCCCUGGAUCUGUAUCCCCCAUUCACGGACAGGGGCAGGCUGUAGAGAACCUGAAAGCUCAGGCCCUUUGUUCCUGGACUGCAAAGAAAGAGAACCACCUGAACUUCUCAAAGCACGACGUCAUCACUGUCCUGGAGCAGCAGGAAAACUGGUGGUUUGGGGAGGUGCACGGAGGAAGAGGAUGGUUCCCCAAGUCUUACGUCAAGCUCCUUCCUGGGAGUGAAGUAAAGCGAGGAGAGCCAGAAGCUUUGUAUGCAGCUGUAAAUAAGAAACCUACCUCCACAGCCUUUCCAGUUGGAGAAGAGUACAUUGCACUUUAUUCAUACUCAAGCAUAGAGCCUGGGGAUUUGACUUUCACUGAAGGUGAAGAAAUACUAGUGACCCAGAAAGAUGGGGAGUGGUGGACAGGAAGUAUUGGAGAAAGAGCUGGAAUCUUCCCGUCCAACUACGUCAAACCAAAAGAUCAGGAGAAUUUUGGGAAUGCUAGCAAAUCUGGAGCAUCAAACAAAAAACCCGAGAUCGCUCAAGUAACUUCAGCAUAUGCUGCUUCAGGGACAGAGCAGCUCAGCCUUGCCCCAGGACAGUUAAUAUUAAUCUUAAAGAAAAACACAAGUGGGUGGUGGCAAGGAGAGCUACAGGCCCGAGGGAAGAAACGACAGAAGGGAUGGUUUCCUGCCAGCCACGUAAAGCUGCUGGGUCCAAGUGCUGAGAGAGCCACGCCUGCUUCUCAUGCUGUAUGUCAAGUGAUCGCUAUGUAUGACUAUAUAGCGAAUAACGAAGAUGAGCUCAAUUUCUCCAAAGGACAGCUUAUUAAUGUUAUGAACAAGGAUGAUCCUGAUUGGUGGCAAGGAGAAGUCAAUGGGGUGACUGGUCUCUUUCCUUCAAACUAUGUUAAGAUGACAACAGACUCAGAUCCAAGCCAACAGUGACCCAAUGUUGUCUUCCAGUUGUGAAAGCACCCCAGAGACCCACUAUCCAAGUUUGACUCUAGCGUGGAGGCAGGGCAGGCAGCCCUGAUCAAAUAUCUCCUACACAAGUCGUUUACUUGGUUUGAAUGUUAGAGCCACUUGUGAUUUUUUUCUAUGUGUUUCUAAUUUACAGUUAAAAUUUAUUUGUAACAAUUUCAAGGAUAGUGGGUCUUUGUGUGGCUUUCCCUGCUGUUCUCUCUGGCAUCCUUUAGCAUUUUUCUUCUUUUUUUUAAUUUGGCACUUGUAGGUCAUUAGCAUGCAUAUUCAGUUUGCCCUUACAUGGUGGGAGCACAAACACACAAAGACCCACUAUUUGCACAAACUUGUCUCUCUGGUUUGGAAUGGUCUGCCAUGCUUUUCCAAUGCUCUUGCAAAUUGUAUAUUCAUUACAGAAUUCAGAUGAUGUUUGUUUAUGUUCUACUAUUAUAUUUGAUCUAAUCCUAAUCACAAGGUCCAUAAUUGGCUCCAUCUGUGAUUUGCCCUCAAGUAAGCACUGUCUGUGACUUUCUAAUAUGCCACUAUGAGUACCAGUAGUUAGGUUUGUUUGAAGGCCAAGAACUGGAAAUAGCCUUUUCUAUAUUUUCUCUGUAAUCCAAGCAGGGGCAAUAACCAUGGGGGAACUUGCCUUGUCUCACAGAAGAGGAAGGCAAUGUGCUCUGACCACUGACUGUAGAGUAGCAAAUGUUUAGUCGUCUCAGCUGCCCAAGAAUGAGUACAGGCCUAGGGCAGGCUUGAUACAGUCUCAGGUGCUCUGGGCUGCAGAGCGCCUAAGCUGCUGUAGGCUCCAGCACAUAGUGCUUUAUUGAUAGCAUAAACAUAGACUGUUUUCAAGAAUGGAAAGUGUCCAUCACUGGCUGUGAGAUGAGAAACCGUCCCUAUCUUAGAGCACUUGUAUCGACAGUAUAUUCUAAAGUAGAAUUUAUGUUAUCUCUGUAGUCAGGUGACUACUUACCCUAGUAUACAAAAUAACACUUGUUGGCAUUCAUAAUGCAUUUAGUAAAAUCCAUAAGGAAACUGUAAAGACUCUGAAGCAGACCUGAAGCAGACCUGUAGGCUUUAGCCAAGUGCCUGUAGCACAGGAGAGCACGUGAGAGCUGGCGUUCCUCUGUGCCCCGAGGCCUCUUGAGAGGUUAGAAUAUUGAUGGUACUAUCCACACUCUCCUGCUUAAUAUUGUCUCCCACAUUGGCUACUUUGGCAUAGAAUUUUACUUCUUCCUUUGCGUGGAAAGCACCCUAAACGUAGUAGACAUUAUUAUAAAUUAAUAUGUGAUAGCACUUAGCUGAUAUGAGUUUUAAUACAGUAUUAAACCAUAUUUGAAAAUCAAUGAGCAGUUUAUGCAAUUUAAAAUGUUUACAAAUUGCUGUGCAAUCUACUGUUUGUGAAAUGUCAGAUAAGUGUAUAUACAAUCAGAGUCUUAUCCUCACAGAGUUCUUUACAAAAGCAAAAUGCUUUAUACCUCUCACUUUAAUUUAAAGGCAUACUUUGUGCAAUAUUUAUGUUAAUGUGCCUAUAUAUAACAAAUGAAUUAUUUCAAUCAUACAUUGCCUAAAUCAUGACUUGAGAAAAAAACAACAGUUUAGUUACAGUUUUACAAAACCCAAAUAUCUGUACCAGAAACAUUCACAUUAUUGAGUUUAUUAGGAGAUGUGUGUGUGUGCUCCCUGGGGUGGGGAUUUCUGUUAGAAUCCUUAGACCACCUCCAUUUUAGCAUUUGCCAUCAUGACAGUAUUUUAUAUAACAUUCAUAGGAAAGCAAUAAUUUCAGUUUACAGAUGGAUAAGAGAAUUGCCUGCAGUCACUAAGAGACAGUGAAAGACUGAUUGCAAACCAACUUCUCCACAGUAUAUAGAUUACCUCAUCUUUUUUUUUUUGUCCCCAUCAACAUUCUGCCUUUAAUCCUUAAAUCCCAUGUGUAGACAGUUGCUUUAUAUACUGAGUCAGAAAUCCCCACCCACAAUUAAGUAAGCACUACUACUUGAUUGUGUUGUUUUAUAAAGUACCUUUUUUUCUUUAUAAUUUUUAUUUGGGGCUUCUCUACUAUACUUAUAAAUUAUUCCAAAAGUAUUUUUAUUGGUCAAAUCCCUUUACUUCGCCAUCAUGAAAAGUAGAUUACUAGCCAAGUGUGGUGGUGCACGCCUUUAGUCCCAGUACUCAUGGCAGAGAUAAGCAGAUUUCUGUGAGUUAAAGGCCAGCCUGGUCUACAGUAUGAGCCAGAGAAACCCUGUCUCAAAACAACAACAACAACAACAAAAGUAGAUUAUUGGAACUGGCAUUCAGGUUGAGCUUAGCAUCUACAAUCAAUCUGAAAAUAUGUUCAACACAUACCUGUGGAGUAAUAAGUCACACACUGACCCGACAAUCAGAGUAAACGUCCUCACUGUGUUAACUGAAUACUACUCUGUGUAGGUAUUUCGUCAUUUAUCUGAUAGAAAGCUGCAAGAAAGGAAAUUGAGUGGCAUGUAAUCAUCUAAAUUGUUCUUAUAAGUGCAUGUGAUCUGUGACAAUACUCCAUCCAGCCACGCAUUUGCUCUCUCCCUGAUUUAAAACAAGGCAGCGUUCUGUGCCUUAGAAGGAGUUUAUUGGAGACAUAAUUUAAAAAUUAGAACACAGUGGAUCAACUUGAACUUGUAGGAAACACCAGUUUAAGAGCACACUGUGACCGGCAUUUCCAAAGCUUGUGCUUGAGCUUGAUGGGUGUUCCAGCAGUGAAGAAAAGGCUAUCGCCAAAGCUGUCAUUUUAGAAAAUCAAAAACUAAAAGGUAAACUUAUCGAUUAUAUACUUUCUCUGAUUCUUUGAGUCAUUUUGAAAUCAUGCAAUACUUAAAACAGCAACUGUUUUAAAAUACAAUAUGAUACUAGAGUUCAAAAGAAAGUGAUUAGGGUGGGGAAGAAAGGCAGAGAAACAAAUACUAAGUCUAGUCCAAAGCUUUAUUUGCCAAGUUUUCUUAGAAUGAGAUUUACCAAGUUAUGAGUUCUUGUAAAUAAGUAACAGAAUACUGAGAACCCUGUGCCUGAAUGGCAUUAUUAGAUGCUGCUGUGAUGCUACUGUAAUGUAAUAAACUAUUAAAUUGUUGCAAAGUGAUGUAUUUGCCUUAAAUUUUUAUUUUGUGUGUCUUGAAAACUAUAGUAUUACAAGGUAUUGAGAUUGUGCAAAUGCUGGGCACGCUUGGCAUGAAAUAAUCUGUUUUUAUUUUUACACAAUUGUAAUAUAACUAUGCAAGUGUGUUUAUUAAAAGAACACAAACUCCA